AUGGCUUCUCCUACUAUUGUCCUCAUUACCGGUGCCGGUCGUGGCAUUGGUCGUGGAAUCUUGGAGCUGUAUGCUGCAAAGCCCAACCACACCGUCAUUGCGGCCAACCGCAACCCCGACGAUGGCCCGUCCAAGGAACUGCUCAAGUUGCCUACGGCCGAGGGCACCACCGUUCAAGUGGUCAAGAUUGAGGCGACGGACGACAAUGACUCGCUCAAAGCCGUCGAGACGUUAAAGUCCAGCGGCAUCGACCACAUUGACAUUGUCAUUGCCAAUGCUGGCAAAGCCACGGCCUGGCCGAAGCUGCAGGAUGCCAAGAUUCCCGACAUUAAAGACCACAUCGACACCAAUGUCUUUGGCUUUGUUCGACUUUACCAGGCAGUCUUUCCGCUCCUCAAGGCAUCCAAGAACCCCAAACUCAUUGUGAUUGGAUCUAGCGCUGCAUUCUUGACGGCAAAGCCACAACAGAACGUGAUCCCCUUCCCCAACGCUGUCUACGGCCCGACCAAGAUCCUUCAGCAUUGGUACGCCAGGACUAUUGCCGUUGCCGAGACGUGGCUCACAGUCUUUCCCAUCGAUCCUGGCUUCGUUCAAACCGAAAUGGGGAACCGCGGUGCGCGGGCCUUUGAUCUUGCCGAGGCGAGCAUCAGCGUGGAUGAAAGUGUUCGAGGUGUGGUCAAGGUCAUUGAUGAGUCCACCAAGGAGACUCAUUCCGGCAAGCUUUGGAAGUGGACUGGCGAGGAGGAGCCUUGGUAA